AUGACAACAGAUCUGUGCAUAGAUGAUGUUGUUGUACAAAUUGCAUCACCACAAGUUUUAUCGGCGGAUAGUGUGGCGGGCGCGGGGGCGGGGGCGGGGGCGCGCGUGGCGAGUGCGGGGGGCGCGGAGUUGGGGCGGCGCCUGCUGCUGGCCGCGCGCGCAGGGGACACGCACGCCGUGCUCGACCUCAUGGCCAAAGGGGCGCCCUUCACCACCGACUGGCUGGGCACGUCGCCGCUGCACCUGGCGGCGGCGAACGCGCACGCGGACACGUGCGCGGUGCUGCUGCGCGCGGGCGUGUCGCGGGACGCGCGCACCAAAGUGGAGCGCACGCCGCUGCACCUGGCGGCGCACGCGGGCCACGCGCGCGUCGUGCGCCUGCUGCUCGAGCACGGCGCCGACGCGGCCGCGCGCGACAUGCUGCGCAUGACGCCGCUGCACUGGGCGGCCGCGCGCGGGCACGAGGCGGCGGCGCGCGAGCUGCUGCGCCGCGGCGCCGACCCGCGCGCGCGCUGCAAGUUCCGCAAGACGCCGCGCUGCCUGGCGGCGCGCGCACACGCGCCCGCGCUCGUGCGGCUGCUCGACGACGCGCUGGCCCGCGCCGACCCCGGGGUACAACACAUCGACCCGAUCGGAGUGAAACAGCUGCUGGACAAGAACAUCAAAGUGGAUACGAAGACAGAGGUGCGGGGCGGCGGCGGCGGCGGGGCGGGGGGCGCGGAGGCGCUGCUGCGGCGGCACGGCAUCACGCUGCUGCCCACCGACGACGGCAGCACCGUGCUGAGCGCGCUGCAGAGCGGCCGCACCGUCGUGCUCUCCGAUGCCGGUAAACUCAUGCUGAAGGAGAGCGGGUCGUCCAACUCGUCGGCUGGGUCCACCCCCAAGGCGGGGGCUGCCGGUGGCGGGGCGGGGGGCGUCGGCGGCGGAGGGGGCGUCGGCGGCGGAGGGGGCGUCGGCGGCGGAGGGGGCGUCGGCGGAGGUGGGGGCGGAGGAGGCGCGGUGUUGAGCGCCAAGGCAGUCAAGUCUCCACCGCGCGCUGUAAAGUUGUAUACGCUCAACAACUUGACAGGUCUGGGGGGCCUGCCAGCCACACCGAUCAGAAAACUCAUCAACCCACAGGACUUGCAGCAAAUGAAAAUUGUGCAGUUGUCGUCCGAUGCAAAGAUGCUAUCGCCUUCAAAAAUGGUGCCCCUUAAGGCCAAGAAGAAGGUGACACAACGGCCUCCCGUUAAGAUCCUGAUGAACAAAAGCAACUUCGAGAAACUCAUAGCCUCGGCCAACAAGACCACGAUCGUGAAGAACGGUGUCGAGAAUUUUCAGCAGACGGAGGGGGCGUGCGAGGCGAGGGCGGGCGGUCCGGAGGGCGAGGCGGGUGCGGGGGCGAUGGCGAUGGCGGGGGCGGGUGCGAUGGCGGGGGCGGGGGCGAUGGCGGGGGGCGAGGCGUGCGCGUGCUCGUGCGGGUGCGGGUGCGCGUCGCGGCUGGCCACGGCGCAGCGCGCCCUGCAGCGGCUGGCGGCCGAGCUGAGGGCGGCGCGCGCCCGCCUCGCCAAGUACGAGCCCCAC